AGGUAUUCGAGGGGACUACGAAGCAUCUGAUUGAUGGUGUGCUUGAUGGUGUCAACGGCACCACAUUCGCGUACGGUGCGACGGGGGCUGGUAAAACACACACAAUGUUAGGCACGGAGACUGAGCCGGGCGUCAUGGUGCUGACCAUCCAGGAGUUGUAUCGUCGCAUGGAAGAAAAUGCCUCAGAGAAAACAUACGAGAUCUCAGUGACAUACGUCGAGGUGUACAACGAAAUAUUAAACGAUCUGAUGGAACCGUCCAAGAAAAACCUGCCGCUCAGAGAGGACAAGGAACAGGGGAUGGUAGUAUCGGGAUUGAGCAAGCACUUACCAAAGAGCGCGGAGGAGUUAUUCUCUCUUUUGGCGAAAGGAAACUUGAAUCGCACGCAACACCCCACCGAUGCAAACGCCACAUCGUCACGAUCACAUGCGGUGUUCACCGUGCACAUCGAUCAGAGGGACCGCACGGCCAGUCUCAACUCCGAAGUUCGGCGAGCGAAACUGCUUCUAAUUGACCUAGCUGGGUCCGAAAGAGCUUCGGCCACCACUAACCAAGGAGCACGUAUGCUAGAGGGUGCCAAGAUCAACAAGUCACUGCUCGCCCUCGGGAACUGUAUCAAUUCCUUGGUACACAUGAGCGACUUACGAGCAAGAGGGAAGGGACAGAGUUUCCACGUACCCUACAGAGAUAGCAAGCUGACGAGACUGUUGAAAGACUCACUGGGCGGUAAUUCACGCACAGUGAUGAUAGCCAAUGUUAGUUCAUCCGGUUUGUGGUACGAGGAUACGCACAACUCACUCAAGUAUGCCAACCGUGCGAAAAGUAUAAAGGUCAGGGCUAUCCGCAACACUGUGACGGUGGCGCAACAUGUGAGCGAGUACAAGAACAUUGUGGAGAAGUUAAAGCAGGAGAUCGUCGAACUCAAGACGAAAUUGGAUGCUGCCGAACGCGGUGUCGGCCGGACCAGGACACCAACGCCCUCGGGUCCUCUACCACCAGAUCCCCAGCAGCUGAGUAUAGCCAGGGAGCUCAGCGGUCAUAUACAGCAACUGGCCAACCAAUAUGCCACCGCACUGGAGAGCUUGGACUCAGCUCUGAGGCAGGAGCGCGCACUCGCACUGUACCGCUCACAACUUAAACGAGUGCUAGACCGAGUGGAUAGCGUAUUUCUAUCCGAGGCCACGCGUGAUGGACUUGCUAAGCAACUCAGGUCACAUGUGGAUCAAGUCAGUGCAGAGUCUGCUACGGUCAAAAGCAAUGUGCAUACCCAGCAAGAGCGUGUCAACUACAUCAUCAGCGAGUACCAGACCGCCGAUCGAACUGUGAAGUCGCGGCUGGAAGAUAAAAGCUUGAAGUCUGAAAGUCUGCUAGAGCUGGCUCAGACCCGUGCCACCGUGGAAAUUAAGUGGAAUGUAACCAUAGCGACGCUCAAGGACGUCAUCGAACUACAAAGACAAGAGAUCGUACGAAACGAAGGAUUACUGCACACAUUGGCGCGACUCGUGGGCACAGAACGAGGCGGUCAUGCGAUGAGUGAUGCAGAAGUGUAUCAGAUCAUGAGUUCCAUGCUUUCGGUACCCAAUCAGGCAGAGAGUCUCUUGCCACUCAAGCGAGGAGCCGCUAUCUUCACCCGCGUAUCGCCUGUGGCUAACCGAAUCACACGCGUUACACCGCUGGAUGAUAUACCGGUUACCGAUGCAGAAACGCACAUGGACGAUACACCCAUGACCGAUGCCAUGGACCAGGACGACCAAGAGGGCCCGCUCAAAUCUCCUUACCAACCUCAACGUUAUGGGGAUACACAACUCAGCACAACCCUCGGUGGCUCAAGUGCGGUUGCUGGCGCUUAUAAGAAUUCUUCCUCGGAAGAUAACUUUAGAGGCUCUGCCCUGACAGGCAUGAGCAUGGAUGCAAACACUCACACGGAUUCCGGUACAAACACAAAAACUGCUACAUAUACAAACACGAGCACGGCAGUACCGCUUUUCCCACCGCACCCACCGCAACGAUCCGUUUUCGAGCCUGAAACUCCUGGUAAGGUGGAGUUCUCGUACCAACCAGUAGUGGCUAGUCAGCAAUCUCAUACUCACGCCGGACACGCGGAUAGUAAUACUCUGGACAUACACAAUACACACAACAUCAAUCAAAACAUCAGUAAAAGCACAGGCACACUGCAAUCUACCAAUAUCACCCCGAUACGGCCCCGAAGUAACACCACUGACGCUCCUCGAAGUAUACUUCGAACUCCGCAGAUACCUAUCCCCAAUGCCGAGAACAAGAAGAAGGUGACAUUCGACACGCAUCACCGACCGUCGCCGCCGUUCAAGCACUCGCCACCUAAGCCACAGCCAAGUCAAUCCAAUUUAGCAUUCGGCCGAAGUAUAAUCUAUUCGAACGGACCGGCCACAGAUAUGAGCAAAACGCUUAGCCAUGACAGUAGCAGGAGUAUAGGCUCAGCAGCCACUCAGAAUGCAGAUAUGUAUAGGGGACGGAGUAAUAGCCCAACUAAGACAGGCAAGGAUUCUUUUUCGACCGUGAAUGUGGGCGAUACCUCCGAACAUUCGUUGUCGCCGUUUGGGGUGUCUACCACAAGUGCGGGUACAGACUCACUGGGCUCGGGCAAUCGUAGAUACUCUAUCACAAAGCAGGAUCAGGCAAGGCGAGGCAACAGAACACCAAACUCGCUCGCGUUUGAACGGAAAACAAGUCAUAACACGCCGGGAUCCAGCACAAAAACAAGGCCAGUAUCAAUGGCAAACUACCUGAAGCCGACGAAUGCCUCAAUAGCCCGAACGAUGAACUCUAACACAAAGAAGAAGAGUGGUCGAGGCAGUAUGUACGGGAGUCCGACCGGGAUGUAUUCGAAUCAGGAAUAGAUUCCACCCUCUAAUAGCUAUAUAGUUUUCUGGGUGACAAAGUCGUUGGGCUCCGAACAUUAGCACUACAUCCUCACAUAAUUGAUAUUUUUUUUUUGAAGGAUGAAUAUGUGCAUGUGAUCUGAAAUCUACAACUAUCGUCGAGUAGCAUCGGCAGUUGGAUGGACACACAUAAAUGCCAGUGUAAACAACGAGCCGUAUAUGCAGAUACAUCGAUCUCUGACUCGCUAAAAGCGCCUGAAUGUUGAGGUAGCUAUGAAUAAACUCUGAAAGGUCUCUGCCAACACCC